AUGAAUGGAUACUCUAUGCCUCAGGGUCAAGGUCCUCAACGAUUCAAUGGACCUCCACACCCCCAUACACAGUACAAUAACUUUCAACAACGUCCAAUGCCUCCCUCCAUGCCGUUUGCUCCUCCUGGUCAACCUCGCUCAAGAAGAUCUUCUUUACAAAGUAACCACUCUUCAUUCAAUAUGUCAUCCAUGAACAAUUUCUUUAAAGGCUCAAAAUCAAAGUUUACAGGGGGUGGUGAUGAUGAUGAUGACGAAGAUGGGAAAGAUGUGAUGAUUGACGACACUGGUAAUACAAUGUCUUUUGAUGAUUUGACAACAAUCAAAGAUCGUGGUCGUUAUGGAGGUCAAUCAAGUUUCGAUUCUACUCCUAUAAUUCCAACAUUACAAACAAGUGCUUCAAGAUCAUUCAAUUCAAGCUCCGUGUCCAAUGUUCAGUAUCGUAAACAAAUGACUGCAUUCAAGAAACAAGCAAUGGUCAAUGCUGGUAAAAUGAAUGAUCCAAGAGCUAUGGGGCAAUCCUUAUCUAGAAGCAAGGGAUCCAAGGGCAAUGUCUUUACAAGGUAAUAAAAAUCCUUAUGGUCCAGAUCCAAGAGCUAUGUCUUUACAAGGAAGAAAUCCAUAUCAAGAAAUGAAUAAUGACCCAAGGGCAAGAUUUAUGAAUGGUCAACCUCGUCCAAAUUUGACACAACCAAGAACAAAUUCAUUGACAAAUCAACCUUAUCAACAAGGGUCGCCCAGGGCUUACUCUUUAACAACAAACCCUUAUCAACAGGUGAAUAACCCAAUGGCUAGAACUCCAAUUAAUAAUGGUGAACUACAAGCUCCAAAUCAACAUUUUAUUCAAUCUGGUGCCAAUAAUAGCCCGAAAUUUGGUUCUCAACCAAGUUUAGUUCCUAAUAGAAAUUCUGGUUCUGGGAUUCCACAAUCAUUGCAGCAAAAAAGACAAGUACCCUUACAAAAUGGAUUUCAACCUCCAAAACCACAAAAUAUGGCAAAUUCAUUUGGUGGAUACAACCCUUCAACUCCAACAAUUGAAGAAGCUCCAUCUUUACAAGAUACUGAAAGUCAAUACUCUGAACCCCCAAGUGCUACUACUACUGUUGCUUCAAGAAAACCACCACCAGUUUCAGGAGAUUUUUCUCAUCAUUACUUGGCUGAUAA